UCACCAAGUCGAUUUUUGACGACACCAUGGCGAACCUUCCCCAGGGGAUUCUCCCUACGCUGCCUUGUUCCUUGCCGCAAUGCCACCUUCGCGAGGACAUCGAUGCGGCCGCCAUCGCCAAGGAAUUUACCACCCCGCUCAGCCGCUUGUCGCUUGACCAUGUCACUCCAGAUGCCAUAUGGAGAGAUAGCGUUGCGUUGACAGGCACCUUCCGAACGUUCUACUCAGCCGCCACUAUCACCAAGGCCUGGAACGACCGAUGCCUCGCUCGCCAGGCGCAAGGCUUUCAGCUGACUCCCGAAGCUGCACGCGCGGUUCGCCCAGCUCCAUGCCUAGGCUGGAUUGAAGUCCCAUUCACCUUUGAGAUCGAGGCGGUGCCCGCUGCCACGUGCUCCGGCUUUCUUUCCUUGGUCCCGGAUGGAACUGGCGGCUGGAAGAUCUGGCUAUUGAGGACUAUACUGGAGGAGUUUCGGGAUCAGCCGAGCGUGGAUGAACUAGAGCCUGGCAGCCUUACGGCACAUCAGUCUUUCAGUGAUGGAGCAUCCUAUGAAUGCGUGGUUGUCGGCUGUGGACAAUCGGGGCUGAGCGUCGCUGGCCGGCUGCAGGCUCUAGGAGUGUCUUAUCUGGUGGUUGACAAGGCACCUCGCGUGGGCGACUCCUGGCUCCAGCGAUACGAAUCGAUGAAAUUGCACAGUCCCAAAGAUGCCGCCCAGCUCCCCUUUGGACCUACCUUCACCGACGAAUACCCUGAAUUGAUGAGUAGACAUGAUCUAGCCCGGGGCUAUCAGAACUGGGCUGAGAGAUACUCCAUCAAUAUUGCAUUCUCCACGGAGCUGACAUCAGGAUCCUGGGACGAGGACUAUCGCAAAUGGACUCUACAACUGCGUCAGCAACAGGGCGAACAAGUGACUACAAGGUCCAUCACAUGCUCCCACGUCGUAAUGGCCGUUGGGGCCGGGGGACAUGAGCCCGUCCGGCCAACCUAUCCAGGCGAAGACAUAUACCAAGGAGACAUCCUACACACCGCCCAAUACAAAAGCCCUCGCCAAUGGGAAGGCAAACAUGCAGUGAUCAUCGGGUCUGCUAACUCCGCACACGACGCGGCCGCAGACAUGGUCGGGACUGGGAUGGCAUCCAUCACCAUGGUCCAGCGCAGUCCGACUUGCAUAAUUCCAGUAGAAUACAUGCCCAAACUCUCCAAGGGAACCAUGCUCGCCGACCGCCACCAACUCUCCAAUCCCCUCGCCGUCAGCCGUCUCGUAAGCCUCCUCAGUAUCCGCGCCCAAAUCGCACAAAACCCCGAACGAUUCGACGCUCUCGAGCGCGCCGGCUUCAAGGUCGAUCGCGACGGGGAAGUUGUCGCUCACGUUAACGAACGAUACGGAGGCCAUUACAUGGACGUUGGGAAUUGCGCCAAUAUAGCCAAGGGAUUGGUGAAAGUCAAAUCCAACAGCCACCCCACACGCUUCACACCCACGGGCCUCCUCUUCGCAGACGAUACCCAUUUCCCCGCAGACGUGGUUAUCUUCGCUACGGGGUAUAAAUGGAACGUGAGGGAUACUAUCGGGGAACUCUUUGGAAAGAAGGUCUACGACCAGGUGGAGGAUUACUGGGGUCUGGAUAAAGAGGGGGAGAUCAGGGGGGCGUUUAAGCCGAGUCCACACGGUCAUAUAUGGUUCAUCUCCGGAACUACGACCCACUCGCGGUACUAUUCGCGGUUUAUUGCGCUGCAUAUAAAGGCGGAUGUUUUGGGGACGCCGGUGCCGGUGUAUCGGGAUACGCCUAGGGAUGAAAUACCGAGGGUGGUGGAGAAUGGGGAGUAUACGAAUUGAUGGGUUGGAAACUUGGCUUUUUUUGCAAUUAGAAUUGGGGGUUGCGGAUUCAACAUUGCGC